ACUAACGUGGGUACAAACAGUUCAAGUGCAGCUCCGCAGAUCGCGUUCCGUGUAGUGUGUGAGUGCAUCCCAGUGCGUUCAGUGCUGUGUCAGUGGAUAGGCGGUCCACGCUCUACAAUGUGGCGCUCCCCUUUACUGGCGGCUUCAUUGCUGCUGCUCGUCGCGGCGCCGACAGCUUUCGGCGCUGCGGACGACGGCUCGAUGGGCCCCGUCUUCAUGCGAGAGCCGCCCAAUAGGGUCGAUUUCUCCAACACCACCGGCGCUCAGGUUGAGUGCUCGGCCCGAGGAUCCCCUGCACCUGAAAUCAUUUGGGUCAGGGCAGAUGGUACUGCUGUUGGCGACGUUCCUGGAUUGCGACAAGUGAUGCCAAAUGGCAAUUUGGUGUUUCCACCUUUCCGCGCCGAGGACUACCGGCAAGAGGUGCACGCCCAGGUCUAUGUGUGUCUGGCGCGCAACUCGGUCGGCUCGAUCCACUCGCGAGACGUCCACGUGCGAGCAGUGGUCACGCAGUACUACGAAGCGGAGGUGGUGUCCGAGUACGUGAUCCGCGGCAACACGGCGGUGCUCAAGUGCACCAUCCCCUCGUUUGUGGCCGACUUUGUGCGGGUGGAGGCGUGGGUGGGCAGCGACAAGAGCGUCUACACGCCGUCGGCCGACUACGAUGGAAAAUAUCUAGUCCUGCCUUCGGGCGAAUUGCACAUCAGGGACGUUGGUCCCGAGGAUGGUUACAAGUCCUACCAAUGCCGCACCAAACACAGAUUGACGGGCGAAACUCGCCUCAGCGCAACCAAAGGUCGAUUGGUCAUCACCGAACCAGUCGGCAGCGUCCUUCCAAAGUUCCCAACUCUCGAUAGAAGUCGAACUUUUGACACCAAACUCAACCAGAGUCUGACUAUUUUGUGCCCAGCGCAAGCGUUUCCCGUCCCUUCUUACAGGUGGUACAAGUUCAUCGAAGGCACUACCAGGAAACUGGCUGUUCCCCUUGACGACCGAGUCAAACAGGUUAGUGGCACCUUGAUCAUCAAAGAGGCCAAAGUGGAGGAUUCCGGCAAGUACCUGUGCGUCGUCAACAAUUCUGUCGGUGGAGAGAGUGUCGAGACUGUCCUCACGGUCACUGCCCCUUUAUCUGCAACUGUCGAACCUGAAACCCAGACUGUUGAUUUUGGAAGACCUGCUGUGUUCACCUGCAACUUUGAAGGCAACCCUGUUAAGACCAUCGGCUGGCUGAAGGACGGCAAAAAUCUCAACCAUGAAGAUGCGACCCUUAGGAUAGACUCUGUGAAGAAGGAGGACAAGGGCAUGUACCAGUGCUUUGUGCGCAAUGACCAGGAGAGUGCCCAGGCCUGUGCCGAACUCAAACUCGGAGGCAGAUUUGAACCACCCCAGUUGAGGCAAACCUUCGCCGAAGAGACUCUUCAGCCCGGCCCUUCUGUCUUCCUGAAGUGCGUGGCCUCCGGCAACCCUACUCCUGAAAUCACCUGGGAACUCGAUGGCAAGAAGUUGACCAACAACGACCGGCUUCAAGUUGGACAGUAUGUGACUGUCAACGGAGACGUCGUUUCUCACCUGAACGUCUCGUCCAUCAUCACCAACGACGGCGGCCUCUACAAGUGCAUUGCUUCUUCCAAGGUUGGCUUCACCGAACACGCCGCCAGGGUCAAUGUUUACGGCUUGCCAUUCAUCAGACCCAUGGAGAAGAAGGCCAUUGUCGCCGGAGAGAAUUUGUUCGUCACUUGCCCAGUUGCCGGCUACCCUAUUGAAAACAUUGUCUGGGAGCGAGAUGGCCGAGUGCUGCCAAUCAACAGGAAGCAAAAGGUUUUCCCCAACGGAACUCUGAUCAUCGAAAACGUAGAGCGCCAGUCUGACCAAGCCACCUACACCUGCGUUGCAAGAAACUCUCAGGGCUACAGUGCAAGAGGAACACUGGAAGUCCAAGUGAUGGUUUUGCCUCAAAUCGCGCCCUUCACGUUCGGCGACGAGAAUUUGAAUGCCGGCGAAUUGGCCACGGCCACUUGCUCAAUCACAAAAGGCGACUCUCCGAUAGCAAUUUCCUGGUUUUUUAACAAUUCCGAAAUCGAGAACGGCGACGAAGUGGUCAUCAGCAAGAUUAGCAAGAAAGUCAGCGCCCUGACCAUUGAAUCGGCCCGAGCGAAUCACAUGGGCGAAUACACGUGCGUGGCCAAGAACGCGGCCGGCGCCUCAAACUUCUCCACUUUCCUACAAGUGAACGUUUUGCCCCAGCUAGUUCCGUUUUCAGCCGGUGAAGAUCCGAUCAAUGCUGGAGAAGUUAUCUCUCUAACAUGCACCGUUCUCAAAGGAGAUUCUCCCAUAUCAAUUUCUUGGUUUUUUAAUGGAACAGAGAUUGAAAGUAGGGACGAAAUCACUAUUAGCAAAGUUGGAAAGAAAAUAAGCAUGCUUUCCAUUGAGUCGGCGAGAGCAGAUCACGUCGGCGAAUACACAUGCGUGGCCAAAAAUGCUGCCGGGGCAACGAAUUUCACUACCCAACUUUUGAUUAAUGUGCCUCCAAGGUGGAUUCUGGAACCCACCGACAAAGCUUUUGCUCAAGGCAGCAAUGCCAAGGUCGAGUGCAAGGCCGACGGUUUCCCCAAGCCUCAAGUUACGUGGAAGAAGGCUGCUGGGGUUGUUCCUGGAGAUUACAAAGACUUUAAAGCCAAUGACCCGAACGUGAAGGUUGAGGAAGGCACUCUUUCCAUCACUAAUAUCCAAAAGGCAAAUGAGGGGUACUACCUCUGUGAGGCUACCAAUGGCAUCGGCUCUGGUUUGUCUGCAGUCAUGCUUAUUAGCGUCCAGGCUCCUCCGAGUUUUGAAAUCAAGCUCCGUAACCAGACUAGCAGGCGUCGAGAGCCGACUGUUCUCCAGUGUGAGGCCAAAGGUGAAAAGCCGAUUGGAAUUUUGUGGAACAUGAACAACAAGAGGCUGGACCCCAAGAGCGACAGCAGAUAUACCAUCCGUGAGGAAAUUCUGCCCAAUGGAGUUCUUUCUGACCUGAGCAUCAAGAGGACCGAACGAUCUGACUCUGCACUUUUCACAUGCGUGGCCACAAACGCCUUUGGCAGUGACGAUUCCAGCAUCAACUUGAUUGUUCAAGAGGUUCCUGAAGCUCCAUACGAUUUGAAGGUUUUGGAUAAGUCUGGCCGUUCAGUGCAGCUGUCUUGGGAACCACCUUACGAUGGAAAUUCACCCAUCAAGAAGUACAGCUUGGAAUACAAGAUUUCUAAAGGCACAUGGGAGUCUGAUAUUGACCGCGUGAUGGUUCCUGGCGAGUCGACCGUGGCUGGAAUUUUCAACUUGCGCCCCGCCACCACUUACAGCAUCAGGAUCGUUGGCGAAAACGAGAUUGGUCAGUCGGAGCCCUCGGACACUGUGACAAUCAUCACCGCCGAAGAAGCUCCGAGCGGCCCACCCACUGACGUCAAGGUUGAGCCCGUAGACCAGAAGACCCUCAAGAUCAGCUGGAAGCCCCCAGACAGGGAUGAAUGGAACGGAGAGAUCCUUGGCUACUACGUUGGAUACAAACUUUCUUCCUCUGACAAACCAUACUUGUUCGAAACUGUCGAAUUCAGCAAGGAAGAAGGAAAGGAGCACCACUUGCAGAUUGCAGAACUAAAAACCUACACUCAGUAUUCGGUAGUUGUCCAAGCCUUCAACAAAGUUGGCGCCGGUCCCAUGAGUGAGGAAACUCGCCAGUACACAGCUGAAGGCAUUCCAGAGCAGCCUCCCCAGGACACGACUUGCACUACCCUCACCUCGCAGACAAUCAGAGUGUCCUGGGUAUCUCCAUCACUGAGCUCAGCCAAUGGCAUUCUCAAGGGUUACAAGGUUAUUUAUGGGCCAAGUGACACUUGGUAUGAUGAGAAUACAAAGGACACCAAAAUCACCUCAUCCAGCGAGACAAUCCUGCAUGGCCUGCAAAAGUACACCAACUACAGCAUGAUGGUUUUGGCUUUCACCUCUGGCGGCGAUGGUGUCAAGAGCGUUCCAAUCCACUGCCAGACUGAACAAGAUGCACCUGAACCUCCGUCUGCACUGAAGGCGCUCGUUAUGUCCGAUAGCUCCAUUCUCGUCAGCUGGAAGCCCCCUGAGCAGCCCAAUGGAAUUGUCACCCAAUACACCGUCUAUUACAGGGAAGAAGCACCAGUUGAGGGCGAGGCCAAAGACGCAACACCAAAAAGUCAGAAAGUUCCUCCAUUCCAAAUGAGUUAUGAAGCCUCCGGACUAAAGAAAAAGACUGGUUAUGAAUUUUGGGUCACCGCCUCCACUAAUAUUGGAGAGGGUCAACAGUCCAAGUCGGUUAUUCUCGCUCCCAGCACUAGAGUUCCUGCCAAAGUUGCUUCCUUCGAUGACACUUUUACCGCAACAUACAAGGAGGAUGUGAAACUGCCUUGCUUGGCAGUUGGAAUGCCAGCUCCAGACAUGCAGUGGAAGGUCAAGGGAACCAUCUUCCAGCAGAAUGACAGGAUGCGCCAGUUGCCAGAAGGAUCUCUGCUCAUCAAGGAAGUCACUCGAGGAGAUGCUGGAGAAUAUUCUUGCUACGUCGAAAACUCGUUUGGACAUGAUAUAGUCACUCAUCAACUGGUUGUCCAUGCUCCUCCUCACUCGCCUCAAGUUUUAUUGACGUCGACCACGACCAGUUCCAUCACCAUGAAGCUCAAGCCCCAUGCAACUGACACUGCUCCCCUCCAUGGCUACACCAUCCACUAUAAGCCCGAGUUCGGAGAGUGGGAAACUGUCCAGGUGGGCAGCCAGACCACCAAAUACACCCUGGAGAACUUGUGGUGCGGAACGAGAUACCAGAUUUAUGUCACUGCUUACAAUGGGAUUGGAACUGGAGAACGCUCUGACUACCUCAACACUCGCACCAAGGGAUCCAAACCUGUCAUCCCCGAGGCGACUCAAUUCAUUGAAGUUUCCACAAACAGCAUCACUUUGCACUUGAGUGCCUGGCUGGACGGUGGCUGCCCCAUGUUGUACUUCGUGGUCGAACACAAGAAGAAGCACCAACAAGAGUGGACUCAGGUGUCCAACAACGUGAAGCCUGGUGGCAACUUUGUGGUGCUUGACCUUGACCCUGCCAACUGGUACCACCUCAGGGUCACCGCUCACAACAAUGCCGGUUUCGCAGUUGCUGAGUUUGAGUUUGCCACACUGACCAUCACAGGAGCCACAAUCGCACCCCAACCCGAGCUGCGAGGCAAAUUAUUCCCAUUCAAAAUACCCGAGUGGCUCGACCUGGAGGUCUUUGUUGCGUUGGCGGCCACUGUUGUGGUCAUUUUUGUCGGUAUCAUUGUUAUCUGCGUGGCCGUGUCACGCAGGUCACGUGGCCCCGAAAACCUUCGACUCAGAGAUGACGUGGUAUACAAUCAGGGUGCUGGACCCAACUCAACGAUGCGCAAGCAGCAUCCUCAGGGUGGAUUCACCGACGAGCUUGGCUACAUCGCGCCACCCAACCGAAAACUGCCGCCUGUUCCUGGCUCCAACUACAACACGUGCGAUCGCAUCAAGAGAGGCACAAUGAGGAACAGUAACGCCACUUGGGACCCGCGCCGACAUAUGUACGAGGAGCUGUCCAUGAACCCACACCAGGCUCGGAGAAUGAUGCCUGGCCAACAGCCAGGCUCAGACGAGAACGUCCACCAAAGAGGCAUGGAGGACGAGAUUUGCCCGUACGCCACUUUCCACUUGCUGGGCUUCAGAGAAGAGAUGGACCCCAACAAGGCCAUGAACUUCCAGACCUUCCCCCACCAAAACGGCCACGGGGGACACGCACAUUCAAGAAACAGCUCGCAGUCUAUGCCACGUGCCAAUGGUAGAUACAGUAGGGUCAACGGACCAAACUCGGCCUUUUCGCCCGAGUACGAUGAUCCGGCCAACUGCGAGCCCGAGGAAGACCAGUACGGCAGCCAAUACGGUCCGUACGGAGCCCCCUAUGACCACUAUGGUAGCCGGAACUCGGUCAGCCGCCGUAGUGUUGGCUCUGCUCGAAACUUGCCGAUGAAUGGAAGUCCUGAGCCGCCUCCACCGCCUCCGCGCAACCACGACAAUUCCUUCAAUGAAAGCAAGGACAGCAACGAGAUCUCCGAAGCCGAGUGUGAUCGUGAUCAGCUAGUGAACAGAAGUUACGGAGUUAAGGGAAACUCCAGGGAGGGAAUGUCGACUGAGGAGAUGCGAAAGCUCAUUGAGAGAAACGAAGCCGGAGGAUUCCAACAACAGCAACACAACGGAGGAAACCUCGGACUCAGCACAACCUACGAUACUGUGGCAGUGUAACCUGUAAACGGAGAAAAAUCAACCCGUUCAACUCACUCGAACACACACACCACUGAAUAUUAAGUAAAGUAAAAACGCAGAUGCCAAAUUACUCAACGUGUAUUAAAAAAAAGGGACAACAUUUAUUGCGGUUGAUUUUUCUACGAUCAGGACUGCAAUUUGCGUGGCGCUUACUCUUAUCGUUAUCUCACCGACGGGGAACUGAUAAUUAUGCAUUUCCUCUUGUCGUGCCAUAAACACACACACACACACACAAUUCACAAAAAUUAAAUAUACGAGAUCAGAGCACUCUGACCCGUCGUGUCGAGCAAAAGAGCACGCGCCCGCGGAAAAUCCUCUCUUUUUUAUGACCGAGUCAUUUAAGCUAAUUAAUUGUACGAUUAACUAAUUAUAAUAUAUUCACACGAACACACACGCUAAAUCUACUUGUAGCGGGUAGGGACGAAAAAGACGAGAAGCGCAUCUUGAGAAGCAUGAAAAUAAAACGAAGUCGGUGUUUUUUAUCGGGGAGAUUAAUAGAUAGCGACGCGAACACGGUGGGUGUUUUUUUUGUAAGAAGGGCGAAUAUUGUGUUGGCGGGGACAUGAAGGGUUAGGGACAGAACUGCGGUCAAGGGAGGUUCGGGAUAACUCGCUGAGGGUGAAGCCGUUUCCGGAUGAAAAUUGAAUUUCCCCCUGUAUUUUUGAGUAUUUGUUUAUUUUUUCUAAAUGUGAUAAAAUGAAAUUUAUUUUUUCCCGUAAAUUUUCUCGGAUCAAAGGAGCAUUUUGAUAUAACAUAAUAUUUAUUUAUGUUGCCAGACAGAAGUGAUUGUGUUCUUGUGAGAGACGGGGAAAUUCAAUUUGCGUGUUGGAACGGCAAAAGCUCAGGCAUUAAAAUUAUACUCAUCAUAGACGUAUAAUAUUAAUAUGAAAAAUGAUGUCGUCUUUGCUUCAAUGUAUUUUAAAUGUUAAGAGUAAAAAUCAUGUCCAACGAACUGGUUUCCAAUCACGCAGCGUCAUCUAAUCUAUAAAAAGCUGCAGCAGAAAAAAAUCAUAUGAAAUUUUCUCCCCCGAGUUGAAGUCAAGUUUUAAUUUUUUUUCCAAGUAAUAAGCGCGCGUCUUUGAAUUCGCCCAAAUAUAGCUUCUCUUAUUAGUUUUUAAUUUUCAAAUAAUAUAAUUUUUUUACUAAUUUCAUUUGUCUUCUUCUUAAGAGCUCAAAUUUUAAAUAAUAUAUAUUAUAAAAGUGUAAUAUGUGAUAUUUUGUGGGUGUGAAAACAUAAUAUUGAUUGAUUGAUUGGUCUUUGAUACCUGCCACUUUACCUAAUUCACACCACACACGCCGUUUGGGAAAUUUCAAUUCAAUUCUCAUUUCCGAUUAUUUCUCUUUCACAAAUAAUAAAAAUCUCUCACCCGCGGCUGCGAUUUGAAAUCACGGCUGCUCAAACAAACACUGUCUCCUCAAAUUUCAGCGAAAAUGAUAAGAAAGUUCAUUACUACCUAGAUUUAGUGUGUUGAUUGCUAAGAAAAUACAUGUUCUCCAUUCAAGUUUUUAAGUGUAAGCUUCGAAAUGCUCCAUUGAAGGAAAUUUCUGUUCGGCGACAAAAUAAUCGUGACUACUUUGUGUGAUUUUGCUACAAAGGGAAUCCUUGUCGGGAAAACUAACCAAAUAAAAACCAGAUUGAACUACUAAUCGAUUCUUUGAUCGAACAUGCAAGGAUUCCCCCUUUAUUGUAUUUAACUCUGCAUUUCUGUCAAAAUGAGAAAUAAAUGAUAAUUACAUUCUAUCACUCUAUAGGAUGAAAAAUAAUUACACACUCCAAUAAUCUAGCUUAAAUUAACGCUGCGUAAAGUAUAUAUUAAGAGCAGAUUUGAGCGGAAACAUUGUGCUAAUCAUUUGUAGGUCUACGUUGAAUGCAGGAAAAAUUAAGCAAAAAUGAAAAAAAUAUGACCAAACAGGAAGAAUAUUAGUACUGAAUAAUACAUGCUAUUAUAUCCAAACUCAAGCGAAAUCACAUUAAUAUGGAAAUUAUCAAACUCUCCUGAAACCUCUGUGUCAUUGAAUGUGGGCCUGAUCGCAAAGAAGAAUAAUGUAUUAGGUGCUGAUAUGACUAAUUAAUUAACUGUCUCUAUUCAAGCAAGCUUUUUCUGUAAAUAUACGACUUUUUGAUUGCAAUGGAUUAGGCCACUUAAUUAAACCACUCUUUUAUGAAAUAAGAAUGCAACCAAAUCAUAUUAAAUUUAGCAAUUAGGCAAGAAUUUUCCUCAUCCACUUAGUUUGGAUAAUCAACUUGAUUAAUUUUUGUAACAUGUGCGUUCUUCCUUUUCAAAUAUUUAAAUAUCUGACCGUCGCUUUGUGUAAAUUCAAUAAUUUGUUUGAGGUCAGUGCAAGAAAGUGAUUUUGUAAUAUUGAUUUGAGAAGAAUUAUUUUUAGAGCAGAUGUCUGUCAAUCCAAGUGAACUUUGGCAGGGUCAACCGAUCAUUACCAAAUUUUACAGGGUGAUAGACCACGUUAAGAGGUUUCCAAACAUAUAUAGGUAUACCCCAAUAUAUCAAAGUUUCCGGGUUUUACGGGCCAUUCAAAUUUGGAUUUUGAAAAUUUUUAAACGUCUGUAUCUCGGCUUCCCGUGGUCGUAGAACAAAAAACUUGAGUGCUUUGGAAUCCUCUUGUUGCCCUCUACAACUCUGCUGUGAGGUGCAAAAUAGUAGGUCACAGGUCAAGGUCACUUCCGGUGACCUCGUGACCUUUGACCUCAAAUUUGAGGGUGAGCCGUCACUUUUUUCAAAAUUCUGAGAUAGCCAAUUUGUAGAUCGCAAAAUUUUACGUAGUAUAAGAGAAUAAAAAAAACGGGACCCCUCUUAGUUUUUUUAAUUUAAAAAUAAAACCAAUAAAAAACGUGGUUUUCCGAGCUCUGAACUUGGAAAAAUAACUUUGAAGCUCUGUAACUUUUUAUGUGUUAGAGAUAGGUAAAUUGUUUCAAUGACAAAAAGUGUUUAUUUUUAGACGGGCUAUCCAACCAUGUAAGACACAUACUGAUCAGGUCACAAAAGGUCAUUGACCCUGGUGACCUGUGACCUUGAAAUUAUUUUUUAUGCAAGUAUGAUACAUCGUUGGAAAGAGGACAUUAAGAGGAUCAUUUUGGUAACCGGAAUUUUGUAGUAGCUUAAAGAGGAACGAAGUUAUUAACGUUUAAAUGUUAUCCAUAAUUAAUAUUUUUAGUUUUUAAUUUAAAAAACUGCAAUAACUCCGUUUCUCUUUGAGCUACUACAAAAUCCGGUUACCAAAAUGAUUCUCUUAAUGUCCUCUUUCCAACGAUGUAUCAUACUUGCAUAAAAAAUAAUUUCAAGGUCACAGGUCACCAGGGUCAAUGACCUUUUGUGACCUGAUCAGUAUGUGUCUUACAUGGUUGGAUAGCCCGUCUAAAAAUAAACACUUUUUGUCAUUGAAACAAUUUACCUAUCUCUAACACAUAAAAAGUUACAGAGCUUCAAAGUUAUUUUUCCAAGUUCAGAGCUCGGAAAACCACGUUUUUUAUUGGUUUUAUUUUUAAAUUAAAAAAACUAAGAGGGGUCCCGUUUUUUUUAUUCUCUUAUACUACGUAAAAUUUUGCGAUCUACAAAUUGGCUAUCUCAGAAUUUUGAAAAAAGUGACGGCUCACCCUCAAAUUUGAGGUCAAAGGUCACGAGGUCACCGGAAGUGACCUUGACCUGUGACCUACUAUUUUGCACUUCACAGCAAAGUUGUAGAGGGCAACAAGAGGAUUCCAAAGCACUCAAGUUUUUUGUUCUACGACCACGGGAAGCCGAGAUACAGACGUUUAAAAAUUUUCAAAAUCCAAAUUUGAAUGGCCCGUAAAACCCGGAAAUUUUGAGAUAUUGGGGUAAACCUAUAUAUGUUUGGAAACCUCUUAACGUGGUCUAUCACCCUGUAAAAUUUGGUAAUGAUCGGUUGACCCUGCCAAAGUUCACUUGGAUUGACAGACAUCUGCUCUUUAUCGUGUAAUUAUUAAUAUGAAAAAUGAAUUAUGUCUCUGCAACUGGAACACGUUUUUGUACAUGAUUUUCAAAACCACUUCUAUUGUUUAGGAUGUGUAAUUAAACAAAGUGUACCAAAGUUGUAGGUUGAUUAUUUGUCUCAUUGAAUAAAAAAAAUACCUU